UUCAUUCGGUCCGAAAGACGGCACGGUCUGUGUCUGUAACGUAGAGGUGUGUACGCGUCGAUAGCCCGCGACCGGUUCCGGCACGUCAUCCUAGUGCGGUGUCGAGCGCGAUUGGCAACUUAAAACCAGCAAGGAGCAAUUGCAGUGAACCUGAACAAGAAGGAGAAAAAAACUUCAAUCUCAUUUAUUUCUCAGCGUGGAUUUCUGCACAAAUUCGGUAAAAAAUGGCGAAGGAUACUGCAAAUAAUUCAACGCGGUGAAGGAUUAACCAACACAGCUCAAGUGCCAAGUGUAUCCCAUGGGCUCAACAGAACCAGUGCAAACAAACGAAUGGUGUUGUGUGUAGGGUUGCUGGUACUGUGACAGUGAGUGGUGCGUGAGAUCGAGCUGUGUCCAAGGCAAUUGACAAAAAAGGGUUUAUUUAAACCUCACCGGAGAGAGAGAGUGUACUGAAGCAGAGAAAAAGAAACUAGUGGAAACAACGAGUAACAGUGAAGUAAAGGAGAAAAGUCGCAGAACCAGUCAAUAGCCAGUAUCACAUUGCUCGCCACGAAAAACAGUGUCCGCGUAUUCAUGCAGCUCGACCUCAUUCUGGAGUGCUUGCUCCACCAUCGCCGGCACCUGCUCUGAAGGGUGUUGAUGAUGGCAUAGACGAAACAACAACAACAACAACAAACAACAAAUUAUCGCCAGCUGGUGCGCUUCAUCGCGUCCAGAAACAAUUCUCACCGGCACCGGCCCACCAUUUCCGGGAGCGGCUUCUUGACACGGAAAAGCGCGUCCUCUUCCCGUACUCACAGUCCCAGCGGGAGUGAGACGCAGUGUUAUCGGGAUCCGGGGAUGUUUUCGAGCAGACCGUUGCACGCCAUCCGGUGGACGGGGGCACGGUUCGAGUGACACCGGAAUUAAACACCAUAGACACGAAAAAACGAAACACCACGCUCCACGCCCGAGGAGUUCCGGUUCAUCACGUUCCCGUGGUUCGUGUUUUAUGCACGCGCCUAAUUGCCAGUGCUAGUGAGGCAUCACGGUGGUGAGAUUGGACGGCGUGCACGAAUUAAAAUCACUUUAUUGCCGCCGGGGACGAGCGCGCCCAGAGAACUGUGAACCCGCGGUACGUGCCCAUCCUUAAGCAGUGUCCAGUGUGCGAGCGCGAGUGUGUGUGUGAGUGAAAACGGCAUCAAACGUGAAUCAAAACACGGUGGUGUGUGCGAACGUGUCGGAUCGCACCAAGUGUGCAAAUCACGCCCGUCCCUACCGGAGAUGUCAUUCAUAAUUACUUCUUCAAAGUCGGACCGAGGACGUGGCGUGGAAGAAAACGAUGGUGCCGGGCUCUAACGAACCGGGGACACGACCGUGAUCGAGAGUGUAAAAUCUUGUGCGAUGAAUGUGUCGCAGCGUGCCGGUACGCGGACACUAGCUUGCUUACCCCGUAGGAUGAGGGCCCAGUUAGGUUCGGAGCAUUCCGUUGAAGAUAGCUGAACGGUGACGUGCUACAGGCAGGCAGAAAACACUCGCUGGGCAGGUCAGUGAGUGGUCGGCGGAUUGAGCAGAAGUAGCUUUAUUCGGUGUUAGUGUAUGUGUGUGCGUGCGUGUGUUAUUUUUUAAUUUGUGUACGUGCGUGUCUGUGUGUGUGUGCGCCACUGUUUGCCAGUAUGUCCCGGUGGGACGCAGCAUUGAUACUGAUGGCGCUGCUCGGUUGGAGCUCGCUACCCUCGACGGAGGGCUGCCCGGCGGAGGUGUGCGUGUGCAAGUGGAAGGGUGGCAAACAGACGGUCGAGUGUGGUGGACGCUUUCUGAACUAUCUGCCGGACGGUAUGGAUCCUGGCACGCAGGUGCUCAACUUUUCCGGCAACAGUCUCACGAUACUGCAGAGCGAACGGUUCCGCAAGAUGGAUCUGAUCAAUCUGCAGAAGAUCUAUCUGGCCCGCAACCAGAUCAUGAAGAUACACGACCGCGCAUUCCGAGGGCUCACUAAUCUGGUGGAGCUCGAUCUCUCCGACAACACGCUGUCGGAGGUUCCGACGGAGACGUUCCAGGACUACGCGGCUCUGAUGCGUCUCUCGCUGAGCGGCAACCCGAUACGGGCACUGCGCUCGAACGCCUUCAAGCAGCUGUCGUACCUGACGACGCUCGAGCUAAGCAACUGUCAGAUUGAACUGGUCGAGGACGAAGCGUUCAUCGGCAUGGACAAUCUCGAGUGGUUGCGGCUGGACGGUAACCGCAUCACCACCAUCCGUGGCGCACACGUACUGCCCGAGUCGCUGCACGGCAUCAAUCUGCAAAGCAACCGGUGGCACUGUGACUGUCACCUUACGGACGUGUACACCUGGCUGAACAGCUUCAACGUGCCGCAGCGGGAGGAAAUCAAGUGUAGCGGACCACCGCGACUAGCGGGUGAAACGGUCAAGACGCUCACGCUAGACGAUCUUGCCUGUUUGCCGGUGGUGACACCGGAAACCUCCUACCGGGAGAUUGCGGAAGGUCGAAACAUCUCGCUCGACUGUCGGAUAGCGGCCAUCCCAGAGCCCACGGUGGCGUGGCUAUUCCAGGGACAGGUGCUUCUGAACGAUAGCUUACUAUCGCCCAACCUACACCUAUACUACUACAUAGACGAUGUUGAUGGUGCGAAGCACAGCGAACUAUUCAUCUACAACAUCAACGCAGACGACAAUGGGACGUACUCCUGUGUGGCGGAAAACUCUGCCGGCCGCGUGCAAACUAACUACACACUGCACGUGAUCGUGAAGGAGGAACCCGUCGUCGAGCAGGUCACCUUCUCGGAGGAGUACUUCCUUGCGAUAGUGGCCGCCAGUGCCGCAUCGGCUGUGCUGCUCUGUCUGCUGUGCUGCAUCAUCGCGUGCAAGUGUGCCCGAUCGCGACGUUCGUCAGCCGGUGGAAAGAAGAACCGUAGUUCCAAGGGUCCCUCCGACCAUGGGUCCGGUGCUCCUAGCCAGCAAAAGUGUGCCUCGAUAACGAACGACAUCGGUGAACCACUGACGGCGGCCAAAAUGAACGGUGCACUAGCGCUGGGUGAUGGUGGCAAUCCACAGGACAUUGUGCUCUACCUGAACGCGAAUCCGAACGGGCUUGACAAGGCCACCCUCAACAACAUGACAGCGAUGGCUCAAUUCUGCAGUCCGCCGUCGGCACGUAGCUAUCAGGAUCAGAACCCGGAUCUGAUCAACGAUGCCGAGAGUGGUCAGCACAAAACGCGUCCACGACCCGACGCGAUCGAUUCCGAUCUAGGUGAGAAAGACUCGGAUGAACAGAGCAGUGUGCAGGACGGUAGCAGUGAAGCUAGCUUCCAACAGCAGCAGCAAUCGGGUGCGUACUAUCCUCCGAUGGUUCUACGCGGACCACGCUUCACGUCCUCCGCACUCUCAACCUUACCGCGCGGCGGAACGGCAGCCCUAGCCGGCAAAGACCUUUCGGCCUACCAGCAUCAGGUGGACAUCCAUCUGAGCCCGGGGUGCUUCCUCGAUCAGAACGGCUAUCCGAUCGAUCUGAGCCUGAUGGCAGCACCGAGUGGGCCACCCGUCAACUACUACCGUACGUUACCGCACAAGAAGCACCAGCAGCAGCACCAACAGCAGCAGCAACAGCAACCGGGUCCGGGCAAGGCGAUCGCACGGUACGCGAACGAUGCCGAGUUCAUAAGCCGCACACAAUCACCAGCUGCCUAUCAGAUGUACGCCCCGACCGACGUGCGGUACACGGCCGAGGGCUACCCCCAGGGUCAGCAGAAUGACCACACCCAGUUUCCUUCGCCCCCGGACGGUUACAAGGGGGAGGUGCAUCCCGUGGCCUACAUGAGCUCGACGGCGGCAGCAGCAGCUGCGUUCUGCGUUGGGCCCGCACCACCCCAACAGUGGCCCACCUUCCUGCCCGGGUUCCACCCGCAGCUUAUCCCCAUUAUGGCACCGGCCAAUGGUGCACUGCUCGCCUCCCCCAUGAUGGCCUCCCCCGGUGGUCCACCGCAGCAAGUGCAGCAGCAGCAGCAGCAGCAACAGCAACUAAGUAGUCCACAGACCCAGCCAGGCACUGCGCUCAAGAAAUGUUCCGUCGGUGCGCAGACUUCCGAGCUGGACAAGGACGUCAUACCGGAGCAACGCGAGGAGGAGGAGGAAGAGGAGGAAGAACACGAGAAUGGUGGCAGCGCGGUGAAGUUGCGGCAUCUCACCGGCCCGCUGGCGGACAGUCCGGACGAGGGUUACGUCGGGGACAGUCACGAAACGAGUGACAUUUGACAGCAGCCCAAACUGGAUCCGGCGCUGCACCAUCACCAGCUCCACCGGCACCAACAACAACACCACCAACACCAGCAGCUCGAGUCGGACGAUGUGCCGUUAUAAGACUAGUGAGAUGCGUUAGAUCCUUCCGGUUUGUGUUUUGUACAUUUGUAGUAUAAAUUAGUAAGAGUCACGCGGCACGAGUGCGAUCUUCUGCUACAGAAGAUAUUUGUUUCCAUGCGGUGUAAAUGGGUAUUGAGAGUGCUUGUUGAUAUGAGUUAAGUGUGAGGUAACUCCAGAGACAGUUCUCCAGGAGCAAACGAGACACAGUUCUUUAAUGGUGGCAAGCUCUUUCACGCCGCCGUCGUGCUUUUCACUACUUCCUACAGGUUUCACACAGCGCCACACUUCCCUACUUGCUUCAUCGGUGCGAAGCUUUGGGAGGGGGGGGGAAAGUUUUUCUGAUCGAUGCAGCUGUGUGUUGUGUGCACAAUGGAAUGUCACUAAAGAUGUAGAUAACAUGUCAAAAAUAGGAAGAAACCGUUUAACGUAUUCACCCUGUAGAAGAGAUACGACGCUGAGAGAACCAUGUUGGCACGAUGUACCAUUAUUAUUUUUUUUAGCAAGCGAAAGAUUACGUUUCUGUUCGACUUUUUUUUGUGUCGCUACGCCUGUUAUUAUGCAAUGUGAGGUUUAAAAUCUCAAGUCUCCUCAACUGUGACACCUUUUCAAAAGUGAGCCAAGCUGUGUCUAAAUAUGUUGUUACCUACCAAUGCUCCGUUCAAAAUACAUUGCAUAGUUUCAGGCGUUUCGAACAAACGGUCCAGCUUCUUCUAGUUUAAAAAAAACACACACAAAAGCACAGUAAGAAAAGGUUUUCAGGGCAUUUGUUGAAUUCUUACCAACUCGUUUGUAACACUUCAUACCAAACUCUCUCGCCGCCCUUCCACUCAAGGUAGAAAAACAAAAGGAACAAGAUAGUGUCCAGUUUAAUCCGACGGAGUGGGUAAACAAAACUGAUUUUCUGCUACCAUGCAAAGCUCCCAAAAAGCCACACAACGGCAACAAACAAACAACAGGGUCAUUGUAUGAAAUGAGCCGAAUGGCGGGUUGUCCUUAAUAGAAGUUGAUUGAUUGAAAGUAGCCAUUUGCCUGGGUGAAACGGACAUGAGUUUCGUGAAGUGAAAAGUUUUGCACACAAAAACAUGUGCAAAUGGGACAAACAAAAAAAUACACACACAGACCACCACACACACUAAUUUCAUGCUGCCUGUAAUUGACAACAAAAUGGAAACCCUUGGCAAACGGAGCAAAGCAAAAAAAAAAGCAGAAGUACCCAAUAGGAAACCGGAUGGAAAGGAACGUGAAAACAGUGAGCCUUGUUUGUCGUUCGAAAGCGUGUAAAUUGCAAAUAAAAAAGGGGCAUAUUUAAAACAAAAUUGCGUUUACAGUUUGGUUCUGUUGUUUGGACGGAUCUCUCUGGUACACGGAGGUUGGGUUUGUGUGUGUGUGGUUGUGUGAGUGAAUGCGUACGAUAGAAUGUAAAUGGUUCACAUUUAGCCUGGUAGCGCGGGAAGGCGUGUGGAAUUGUGCAGCGUAGGUCGAACUGAGAGGUAAACCUUUGUUAUGGAAUUUUCCCCGGGUGAGUGAUAAAGCUGGUAAAGUGAGGAGGAAAUGCUGCGUGUAAUGGUAGUGUGAAUAGGAAUGUAAGGGUGCGUGUGUGUGUGCGCGCGUUUGAAUAGGAGCAAAAAAGCAAGCGGAAAAGUGCAUAAUCGUAAGGAAAAUCGGUCAUUAUUAAAACAAAAAUGCGGAUCGAGAUUGACAGGGCAUGGUUUUGCAAAGGGAAAGGCUCGCGCAAUCGAUGAAUCGAUGCAUAUGGCAGUGACUGUAAAUAGAGGAUUCGAAGAUUGUAGAUAAGCUGCGUGAAAAAACGGAAGAAAAAAUAAAAUUCAAAUGCUACCUAGAAUGUGUUGCUGUUUGGAGUGCUCAAUUGAUGGUUGAUUGUGUAAAGUAUGUUCGUUUAAUUACCUUUAUGGUUUGGUUUUUAUUUUCAGGCCAUUUUGAUUUGAUUAAGCUUUGAUCUAAGCAUUGCAGGACAAAACGCUAAUUAAAGUAUCACAUUUUUUGCUUCGAUACUGGAGGCAACACAUCAAUAACAUGCUGUGAAGUAUCAGUAAUCAGGUAUUAUACCGUUGUUGCAAACUAAACCAAUACUGAACCCUAGCUGAGAACUAUCCCUCAGUGUGUAUGUGUGCGAGUUUUUAUGCAUUUUUCGUCUCUUGACUUUAAUUGAUUCAAACCUCACAAUCACAUUUUCACGACCCUUUAAAUGGAAAUUUAUUUAACAACCGGAUCCACUCGUACUAGAAUUCCAUAUUAAUUAUUAUACGCACCAGCUAACCUGGCUGGGAGCAUCUCGCAAACACCUUACCAACGCAAAACUAAUAUUAUUUCGAUACGGAUAAUCAUUAAACGCAUCCAUGCACGGUACACUUUCACGGCAGGAACGGAGGGUGAAUUAAUUCUUUUUAAUGCGAUUUAGCGAUUUGUUUGUGCGUUCCAUUAGAGUAAACACCCGUAACACCGUAUGCGAUUGCGAGCAAACGGGCGAGCAGCAAAAAAGUGCUACCUUUUAGGCUUUUAAAAUGCAUGAACCCGCACACGCAUAAAAGGUGCAAUAUGUUGAUUGAAAGUGGUGCUGAGUGGUGUUCGGGUUUGGUUUCUGUUAAUGUUUGUGAGUGCUAAGCGGUAAUAAUUAUUUUGUUAUACGCAAGCAUUACACACCGGUGCCUGCGCUUGUGCCCGUCGGAUGAGUACACAUUUUCAAUGGCUGAUUUGCUGAGCGAAAAAAUAAAGACCCACAAUAAAUUGAGGUACAUGCAUUCGAUUUGGAAUAAUGCUCACAGCACAGCAUUUGAUUGGAAGCUGGAGGUUUGCAAUCAUAUUUAAAUUUGUUGACGGUUCGGUGGCUUCACCGAGUGCCAUCAGUUCGGUGCGCCAUGUUUAGUUGCGUAGGCAACGGUGGACCGAUGUUAGCUUGGCCGGCGAUGCAUCUACAUAAUUGCAUCAAGCCGAACGUCAUUAACGGCAGGACAGCUGCCAAUAAUUAACGCGAAUGCUUUUAGCUGAUUUAUUGCACUAAUUCUAACGCAAAUAGGAUUCCCGGUACCAGCGCCGAGGGUAAUACGCACCGGUGUAAAUAUGGAAAACACAUCGUGUCUGGCAAUUGUAAUCGGGCUCAGGAAAACCUUUCCGUAACACAUAUCUGAACACACAAACCCCAAUAGCGUGAUGUUUGUUGGUGUGAACAUUAAAUCAGCAGCAGUAAACAAUGUAUGUUUUUAAACUGGCCCUUGAAGAGUCCGGGCCUGGUGGUCAUGGGUUGAAAUGUAUUUAAUUUCGCGCAACUGUUACCGGGCUGUUGUUCUUUGGAAAAGCUCCUAAUAACAUUUAACGUCCCGCAGCAUGUUGUUUCUGUCCAGCUCGUUUGCUUUCUCACAGAAACCUUCAAAGCCAGCUCCAGUUCUUUCUAUGCUCCCUUCUUGUUUGGUCCCAACAAAACAAACCAAAUGGCCAAUUGCCAUAAAAAUGCUUAUUCUUGUGCCAACCGCUCGUAUGUUUGUUUCUUGGUCGCUGUUCCGGCCAUGUGCAAGCAACUGAAAUACUCAACUCAACGCGCGAUGGUUGUUCGACAGUUGUUAGCUGCAGAUACCAAUUGCUUUCUGCAAACGCACUUACCCCGGGAUCGGGCAUAAAACAUGAACACACAUUUGGCAGGGCCGGGAGCAGCCACGGUAAAAGAGUACCCCGCUUCCGAAUGACCUUCCGAGCUCGGUCGAAAGGAUGAACUCGUGUGUGGCUGUGUGAAGCUGCUCACAUGCUGUUGAUUUGUGCGUUUCCAGGGAGCAUUUUUUCCUAUCGAAACCCGAAAACAGCACACCGGGUACGAUUAGAGAUUCUCUCGUCCCGAAACCGCCUGGUACGGUUGUAAAAGGAGGAAGAAAAACAGGGUGGAAAGAUAUUAUUAGAUGGGAAAAAAGCAUACUCCGGCAGGCGAAGGUUUGGCCAGGGCCGACGAGAUAUAUGGACUUUUGGAAUGCUUCUCAAAUUGGCAGCAUUUACGUGUGAAUGAUUACGCCGGCUGGGCAAAAAGUUGGGGAUAAGGCAAGAAGGCACAGCACAGUCCUCCAUAAAUGCGUACCGAGCGUAAACGAACGCACAGGCACACAUACGCGCGGCGUUUAUGGCUGAUUGCGAAUGCCCGAUUGCGAUCCUUUUCGACGCCGAGAAGCUUACGGGGUAAACUUACGGUCCACUUAAGUUUCACCAACUUGCUUGCACACAUACACACAAGGAAUAGCAGCUCGAUCGACCCACUGUCCGGGAUUUGAUUCCCUUUCAAACUCCUGCUGAUUAUUAUUCUGACAGAAAUUAUGAGCAAUUGACCUCUGACGGUAAGCACGCUGGUAGUCGAAUAAAACAACGCUCGUUUCGGUAAAUCAAUCUGUAUAGGUGGGAUGAGUGGGGUCUGGUGUUUUGGCGGGGGGUUGAACACACGAGCUAAAGGAUAAGCAGAUCAGAAUGAUCUCCGUAACGAUAACGGUAGCGUUGAUAAUGGUGAUGAUAUAAAAUGAAGCGAAAAGAAAAUAAAACAACCGCUGCAAAGAUGGCGCGAGCACACUGGCACCGACACACACACAUACACUCACAGAGAAGAAAUCCCUUACUGUUAAUAUAUUUGGUAAUAAAAUAAGAGGAUGGAAAAUGAGGAAAUAAAAAGAAACGAAAAGAGAAGCAAAAAUCCAUACCCACACACACAAACACACACCCAGACUCACCCUGAACGUCAAAUCCUCCGUAGCAGAUGGUAAUCAAACGCAAUUCGAAAUUAGCUAUCAAACAGCUCGCCGAGAGAGAGAGAGAGGGUAGGGAGGGAAACGCUUGAUGGAAUGAAACGGGAAACGGAAGCACAUAUAAAUCAAGUGAAACUGAAACGAUAAUUCGAUGCCGAUGGAAAAAGAGUUUCAAUCGCGUAUAGAAAACAAAAACAAAAACGAGUCAAAAAACAUUCAAAAACUUUAGGAAAAUCAAUAAAACGGUUAUAAAAAUCGUUUCUGCUGCUCUCGGAGAGGGAAGUAAAACUAAGCGAUGAAAUAACAGAAAGAAAAAAACAAACAAAAGACAAACACAACACUUGUAAAACCAAAAAACCAUAGGAGAUGGGGGAAUAAAACAAAUCAUGAACAACAGAACAACGGUUGAAAAGUGUUGCAAAGCGUAGGACAUAGAAUUAACAAAAUAAAAAAAAAACAGCUAACAGACGAUAACAACAAAACCGAGUAAAAUGAAAGAACAAAAUAAACAUUGAAAACCAACAAAAAAAAAAGAUACACAAAUGAAAAGAGAGGAAAGUUAAAAAAGAUGAGUAAGAAAAAGCAAACGAGAAGAAGGAAGAAAAAUGUUGUGGCGUGCGGAGAAGUGAACGAUAAAAUUGAACACAAAUUAUAAAUAGGUUAUAAAACAAAGGUAAUUUUUAUUGAAGGAAAAGGAAAACAAAAAAAAAGACAAACUGAAACACAAAAAAUGGAAACAAAAUAUACAUAAAAAAUACUGUUUUA